AUGCGUCCUAAAUGCCACGCGUGUCGAAAUUCCAUAGAAGUAGCACGGUGGAAGCCACCAGGAUUUUGUCCGCGCCAGGUUCAAGGUCAGCAGCAAAAGGUCAUUGCACCCCGCUGCAGGAGCGCCGGCGGCGGGCGGGGUGAUUGUCCGCUCUCCCGGGGCAUAAUUACGCGCCGCGUCCGCAGUUUAUGGCCCUCCUACCCUGCCCCCCCCCCCCCCCCCCCCCCCCUCACCCUGCGACAGGCUGGACCGCAUUCCGCUCCCAUGCGGCCGCCCCCGCGCCCACCGAGGGUCCUUUCCAAAAUAUCUGUAUUCCGAACUCUCCGCGACAGAUGCCGCGUAGCUUCGCACCCGACACCAGUUCCCAAGACUCACGCCCGGUUUCCAAAAUAC